AGCCACUCCACUUGCCCCUCAGCCUUUCUGUUUAACACUCUAUUCCUAGCUUGAAACGGUCGCCUUCCCUGGUCCUUUGCGUUGAAAUCGUAGUGGGUCAUCAUGGAAUCCAUCAUCGAUUGGUCACAGCGGCCAACCUACUCGCCAGAGCAACUGGUCCGCUACUUUGAUCGCAUCGGCCUUCCUCAGAAGUAUCGGGAAUCUCCGGUCGUCCAGGCAGGGGCGAUGAUUGGUGGCGAUACGGCCCUCGAGUUUCUCAAGGUUCUGCAACGGUACCAGGUGGCCGCUGUUCCAUUCGAAAAUCUCAAUCUUCAUUACUCGGUUCACCGGAGCAUCUCCAUUGACCCUCAGAGCCUCUUUGAGAAGAUUGUGGACUCUAGUUCCGAACGAGGAGGCUACUGCAUGGAGAACAGCGGUCUGUUUGGGACGGUGUUGCGGAGCCUGGGGUACGAGGUGACUGCGGUUGGCGGACGGGUCAAUGAAGCAGUCCAGCCCAUCUCCGCUUCGAAAAACUGGAAAGGGCCCAAGUUUGAUGGAUGGAACCACAUGGUGAAUCUCGUCACCAUCGGCGAGCAAAAGUACCUCAUCGAUGUGGGAUUUGGCUCCAACGGGCCACACCAGCCCGUUCCACUGGUCCCGGGCUACGAGUUCCAUAAUGUUGGCGAGCAGUGUGGCCGGCUCGUCUACGGGUCCAUCGCUCAACACACCAGCUCAGGUCAAUCUCUCUGGCAGUAUGAGAUCCGGAAUUGGGGCGGGGCCUGGACACCGGCCUACUGCUUCACCGAGACUGAGUUUCUUCCCGAGGAUUUCACCAUGAUUAACUACUACAUGAGCACCAGCCGGGAGAGUUGGUUUACCUUCCACGUUGUCUGCGUGCGGAUGUUGCUGGACGAGGAAGGAGAGACUAUCGUGGGGGACCUCACCCUCUUCAAUGAUACGCUGAAACGGCGUCUGGGAGCAACCUCCGAGGUUCUCGAAAAAUUCACCUCCGAGGAGGACCGAGUCGUGGCGUUGGAGAAGCUUUUUAAGAUCCGCUUGUCAGAAGGGGAUACGGACAGAAUUCGCCAUACGAUCGCGGAGAUCCUCUAGAGUGGACUCCGUGGCUGGACGGGGAAAGGGGAGGGGAUUCCGGACGGAGACCGGCGGCAGGGAUCGCGACGCACUAAUAAGGCGUUAUUGACAUGUGAAUCAAAUCCGAGCAUGCUGCUGCGUUGAUUGGCUGCGGAAAUCCUUCGAUAACGGGGUUUAAUAAGCGCGUUCCAGCCGUUCAUUUCAAGGGCCGGUCCGGCUGGAGACGAGGCUGGCCCCGCUGCGUCAGGGGCCAGUGAAAUGUAACUCUCUAGGCUUGGCCGGGCCCAGGCGGGCGCUUUGCAUCGGCCGUGACGUGGCGCGGGAUGAACCCUGUGCACUACGGAUUCUUAGCAGUCUUAGCGG